AUGUCUGCUCCAAACAAGACCGCUCCCAUCAUCAUCGUCGGCGCCGGCGUCUUCGGCCUAACGAGUGCACUCCACCUUUGCCGUGCCGGCUACACGAACAUCCACCUCUUCGACAAGCAAGACUUUCUAUCCACAAAUUAUUCCUUUGCAAAAGGAAGCGAUGGCGCUUCUGCAGAUGAAAACAAGAUCCUUCGCGCUUCCUAUGGUGGCCAAGAACUCUACCAACGCAUGGCCUUCGCAGCAAUGCAAGAAUGGGAGCAAUGGAACAAAGACAUGGUUUCUGAUCCAGAUCUAUCUGAUGCCCUCAAAGACACCCAAAAGCUAUGGGAUCGUUGUGGCUUUCUGCGAAUUGAAGAAGGGUUUAGUCAGCAUGAAAUCGAUACGCAAAACAGCUUUCCUGAGGAUAUCAAACACACUCAAUAUCGAGUCACAGAUGAGCAAAGAGUCAAAGAAGCCAUCAAAGCUGGUAUACCAAAGUCAAAACUCGAUCCCUUUGAUCGUGCAAGUCGUGGACUGCCAACAGAUGGUAUACUCGACAUGACAGCCGGGUACACUCUAGCCUCAAAAGCCUGCACCUACGCCCUCCACCUCUGCAAAAAAGCAGGUGUAAACCUUCAUCUCGGCUCUUCCACAGGCACAUUCCAAUCUCUCCUAAACUCUAACAAUCGCAUCACCGGCAUCAAAACCACAGACAACACUUCCCACAAAGCAACCCUAGUAAUCCUAGCAACAGGCGGUUGGACACCCUCCCUCCUCCCAACAACCCAACCCCUCCUCGAAACAACAGCAGGCACAAUCCUCACAAUAAACAUCCCGCACUCCCGUCCAGACCUCUGGCACAAAUACUCACCUACCAAUUUCCCAGUCUGGAGUUGGAACAUGGGUGGCUAUGAUCCCUCUUCCCCUUCCACCAUAGGCGGUCUCUACGGUUUCCCUCGCACNCCCCAAGGAAUCCUGAAAUUCGGUUUCCGUGGCGCAAAAUGGACAAAUUACACCCACUCUUCCUCUUCUUCCUCUGACCACAAAAUCUCUUAUCCAAUAACCGACGUCCAAGAAAUUCCCGAACGCGCAUUUAACGUCGUAAAAGCCUUUUGCGCAGAAAACAUGCCUGAUCUGUUGGACUUGGAACUGGAACGGGGAAGAUUGUGUUGGUAUAACGAUAGUGUUGAUAACUCCUUNUUGAUUGCGCGUGUUCCUGGUCAAGUUGGAUUGAUGGUCGCGAGUGGAGGCAGUGGACAUGGUUUCAAGUUUCUUCCCGUGUUGGGUAAACAUGUGGUUGAUGUUGUCGAAGGCAAGAAGACAGAGUAUACAAAACUCUUCUCUUGGAGGGACAUACCAGAAGGUAGAAAGAACGGUUUAGAGGAAGGAGAAAAAGGAUGGAGGACUUUAGACAAGCAAAAUCUCGUGCAGAGCAGGAUGUGGAAACUGUAG